AUGGCGCAGACUGCCGCAGAGGCUCCCUCAGCUGCUUCAAAAGGCUCAAGUGGAAUGGCCCGUCCCAUCAGCGCGAAGCAGAAGGAGGCACUGCAUCAAAUCACAGCCCUGGUUGACCCUCAGGGCAGGCAUGGUGCUCGAAGAGUCCUUGCAGCCAUGAUCUGGUUGGGGCUGGACCCGGAGGACCUCGACGGGUCCAAGGACCAGAAGAUUGAGGUUUCCUCCAAAGUUCCAGAUGCCGAAAAGGCCAGAAGAAUAAAGGAGGAGCGUGUCGAAGUUUGGGAGGGCCUGAAGAAGGCUCGACUUAUCGAGUUGGAGAGGAGGCUGCAAUUUAUGUCCGAGCAAGAUGUGCGACGGUGCUUGCGGGUGAAGCUUGGCGAGGGCAUUCGCAUGGUUACCGAUGAUGACCUGCCUCCCGUAACGGCCCUGGAAGGAAUGGGGGAUUUUGAGGAGUUGCAGGCAAGAGCGUUUCAGAAGAUCAAGGAUGAGCAGCAGAGGAAAGCUGCGUUGCUAGCGUCAGGCUUUCUCAUGGAGAAGAAGAGGUUAGAUGAGGCGGAUGCAAAGAUAGCAGCCCUGGAGCAGCGCCUCAAGGACUACAAAAAAGCUCAGGAAGAUGCCAUUGUGGCACGCAAGAAGGAGUCCGUCAAAGCUCAGGAGAAGCGACAGCAAGGAAUCCAGAAAGCUGCAAGGGACCGUGCGAAAUGGGAAGACGAGACUUACAACAACCUGAUGAAUCGCAUCACCCAGGCUAGGGCCACUCGAGCCAAGAGCUACUCCAAGGAGGGGAUGAGCAACGCCCUAGAGCUUGGACAGCAGCGGCGGCAGAAAUGCUUCGAUCAGGCCCUGGAGCGAGAAAAUGCGCUCCUGGAGAGUAUAGAAGCUGCCAGCCGAACAGCAGAAGAACGCCUGCAGAUCCGCCGGCAAGAGAUUGAGGACGACUGCAGGCGAAAGGCAGAAGAGUCCCAGGCUCGAUUCCAAGAGCGGCAGGUCAAAAUCUACGCGCAGACACAGGACUGGGUGGAGAAGAAGCUUGACGAUCACGCAAAAUUCAAGGCGCAUUACAAGAGUCGUAUUCAAGCAGGCAAAGACUUCAUGAAGACCCGCUCCAAAUCAGCUGGUGAGAUCACCAAGAAGGCACAUGAAAAGUGGCGGUCCAACUACAACAAAGUGCUUGCUGCUCAGACUCAGAACAACUCGAAUCUCCUGGCGCGACAAGAAGCUGCUCGAGUGAGAGCAGAGGAGACCAUGGCAUUGAAGCUGAAGUGUGCCAACGACGUCCACUCCUUCAAGGAGGUGAAGUACAAGACUUGGGGAGAGCUGCAAAGGCGGAGGAUGGAGGAAAUUCAGAAAGCCAGGGAGGCCCAGACACAAGCUUUGGUCAUCAAGAUUGCGGAGGGCCAAGCCAAGGCCCGUGCCAGAGACGAAGGCGCAAUGGAGGUGAAGAAUCGCAGGCAAAGAAUAGGAGCAGACACUCUCGCCCUGAACGAUCGAGCCAAGGAAGGCUUUAUCAAGAUCAAGAGCGAACCUGAUGAAAGGAGAAUUGUCAAGGUGAUGAGCGACCUUGGGUUUGUCAUGCCCAAGUUGCCCGACGAGGGUGAGGACGAGGAGGAGAAAAAGGCAUUCUGA